AUGGACUCCGGCGGGUUGAUGGAGGUGGCGGCGCUCGGGCGGCCUUUCUCCCUGGGGAUGCUGUACGACUGUCGCAGAGAUCUACUAGUGCCUGGAAUAACAUUGUGGGACCGCGAUGACCUGAAAAAAGAUAUUGGAGAAAGACCCCAGAACUCUAAUGAUUUUGAGAUAGUUGCAUCUGAAUCGAUUGAGGAUAAAUCUUCAGCACUAAAUGUUGAAGCUUCUCUGAAAGCAAGUUUCUUGGGUGGACUGAUUGAGGUGGGGGGAUCGGCCAAAUACCUGAAUGAUCACAAGACAUCCAGAAAUCAGGCCAGAGUAACACUGAAGUACAAGGCUACCACUAAAUUCCAGGAACUGUCCAUGGACCAUCUCGGAAGAGGCAACGUGAAACAUCCGUACGUUUUUGACAAAGGAAUAGCAACACAUGUAGUCACAGGUAUUCUUUAUGGAGCACAAGCCUUCUUUGUGUUUGAUCGUGAGAUGUCAAAAGAAGAAGAUCAUCAGAACAUUCAAGGCAACUUGAAGGUGAUGAUCAAGAAGCUCCCAUUAAUCUCUAUAGAGGGAGAAGGUUCCCUGAACAUGGAAGACAAAGAUAAGGCAAAUGUUGAGAAGUUUUCUUGCAAAUUCCACGGAGACUUUUCUCUUGAAAAGAAUCCUGUGUCCUUUCAGGAUGCUGUACAGGCCUAUCAAAGCCUACCAACACUACUGGGACCCAAUGGGGAAAAAGCAGUUCCAGUGAAAGUUUGGCUGUUGCCAUUGACAAUCUUAGAUUCUACUGCUGCUCAACUUGUUCGUCAGAUAAGUGUAGGAUUAGUUCAGGAAGCACAGACAGUCCUGGAGGACUUCAGUGAGCUGGAGAUGAGGUGCAACGAUGCCAUGAGAACAACAACAGCACAGCAGUUUCCUCAGAUUGGCACAAAACUUAAAAGUUUUAAAGAAAUGUGCUCUGUGUUCAAACUAGAAUUCCAACGAGAUUUAUCAUUGAAACUUCCAUCUAUACGAGGAGGAGGCGAAGAGGAGGCUGUGCUUGCAGAGAUACUGAUGAAGAGACAUUCAUCUCCGUUCAACAGCAGAAACCUGACUGAGUGGAUGGACUGUAAAGAGAGAGAGAUCUGCACCUUAAGAUCUUUCACCGACACAAUGAAAAACACAAAGAUUAUUCCAUCUCAAAAUCAUCUGUACAACGCAACUCUCAAUACAAAGCAUGCUGUGUGUUUUGUUUUCACCUCACUUGGAGAUGCUGAGUCGUUUCUCUCAACUUCAUCAAACUAUUCACCAUCAGAACCAACCAAACCAGACCAGACUCAAGGUCAGCAGCAGUGGUUCACCUCACAAGACAUCGCAAAUAAAAUGAGGAAACAAGCAAAGCUCUUCAGUGAUUUUGCAGAGGCCAACAAGGAGAACAUGAACAUAAAGUUCCUCAUAGCGGGUUUGACAAAUGAGACAGAAAAAGGUUCCAGCAUCUACCUUUAUAAAGACGGCUUCUCCGUAAAUGAGAACUUUGAACCACCUUCAAAGCCUGAAAGUGUGAAAGCAAGUGAAAUAAACCACAACAGUGUGACCCUGAAGAUCUCUCCACCCAGAUUUGGAGCCGAGAACAUCACCUCCUACUCUGUUGAGUACUGUGUCCAUGGAGAGGAUGGAUGGCAACAGAAGACGGCGUCAAAGGAUGGAGACGUCACAGCGAGCGACCUGAGUCCUAACACAGAGUAUGUGUUCAGAUGCAGAGCUGUCACCUCAGUAGGUGUUGGACCAGUCAACGAGGUCAGUGGAACCAUUAGAACUCUGCCCUGCAGCCCUCCUGGAGAACCUCGAGUUGAACCAAACUCAAGUGAGAUAACCGUUAGCUGGCAGAGACCUGCUGAGCUUGGACAAGAUGUCCACGUUCUGAGCUACAUCGUGGAGUACGCCCAAGCAGACAAAGUGGUGAAAGGAGAAGAUCUCCAGUGGAACCAAACGAUGUCAGGAGCUGAGAAGGUGAUCAUAUCAGAGCUUCAGUUAGAGACAGAGUAUGUUGUCAGGGUCACAUGUGACUGUGGUGAAGCUGGCAGAAGCAAGGAAAGCAUCUCUGUGAACGUCUGCACAACAACAAGACAUCAAUUUGCUCGUCUUGCAGAUUACCUGAAACAUACUAGCAAGAGCAAAGAUGGUGAAUCCCCCUCAGUUUACAAACUGUCACUGAAUGAAGAAGAUACUUAUACACGAGGCUACCGGAUGUUUAACUUUGGCAAAAAAAGCAUGGAGAGAAAUCGCACCUUGAUUCUUUUUGGAGAGUCUGGAUCAGGAAAGUCCACUUUGAUAAAUGGAAUGAUCAACUACAUUGUAGGUGUAGAGUGGGACGACAAUUUCAGAUUUAAAUUAAUAGUCAAGAAUCAGUCAAGAUCAGAAGCUGAAAGCCAGACGCCUCAAGUCACUGUGUACAAACUGAACCACCAGGAGGGCUUUAAAAUCCCCUUCUCUCUGACUAUUGUGCAUAUUCCAGAAGAAAUAGGAGACAUAGAAAGAGACAAGAAGAUCGUAGAGCAGCUUCGUAAUCUCUUCUCUGCUGAGGAGGAUGGUGUCAGUGAAAUCGAUGCUGUGUGUUUCGUAGCUCAGGCUUCUUUAGCACGACUCACACCAAGACAGACACACAUGUUUGACUCAGUGCUCUCCAUCUUCGGCAAAGACGUGGCAGAAAACAUCCAGAUUCUGGUGACAUUUGCAGACGGCCAACAUUUAUCAGUUCUGGAGGCGAUCAACGCUGCUGAUGUCCCGUGUCCGAAAACAACAGAAGGACUGCCGGUUCACUUCAAGUUCAAUAACUCAGCGUUGUUUGCCCAAAACAAAUCGUGUGCAGCAGAGAGUGCGAGGGAGGAAGAUGACGAGGGUGACUUCGAUGAGAUUGUCACCACCGCAUCACCUCGACCCAAACAGGGCGGCGUGGAGGACGGCGUGGAGGGCGGCGUGGAGGACGGCGUGGAGGGCGGGAUUUAUCCGUCCAGCUGCAUCAUAACCUGCGCUCCCCGUGGCCACGCCGGGACAAGGCGCCUCUCUGACGGGGAGCCACAGCUCAGAGAGUCGGUGAGACCCGGGGCUCGUGUCCGGCUCGUCCCGCCCUCGGUGGCACUUGGAGCCGUGUUGUCGUGGCCGGUUCCCCGGAGGCUCGGAGCUGGUCCCCGGUUGUCCCCGGGACGGGAGUUUGUCCCCGGUUGUCCCCGGGACGGGAACUUGUCCCCGGGACGGGAGCUUGCUCGUCGGAGCGGAACUUGCUGCCGUCGUGGAGGAGUCUCACCUGGAGGAGUCUCUGCAGCCGGACCUGGAGCAGCCGGACCUGGAGGAGUCUCUUCAGCCGGACCUGGAGCGGGGACCGCGGGCACGGACCGGGGCAGACACCGACCCAACACCCCGACCCUGUGGAGUGAAUGA